AUGAGCACCCCGCUUACCCGAGUUUGUAGACGGGAAACCGCAGACAUCUUCUAUCACGGCUACGACAAUUACAUGCAAAAUGCCUUCCCGGAAGACGAGCUGCGGCCGUUGACGUGCUCUCCUCUGACUCGAGACCGUGCCAACCCCGCCCAUAUCGAGGUCAACGACGUGCUCGGCAACUAUUCCUUGACUCUGAUCGACAGCCUGUCCACGCUCGCCAUCUUGGCAUCUUCGCCGCAUGAUGCACACGGAGGCCGGGAGCCGCUAGAAGACUUCCAAAACGGCGUGAAGCUUUUCGUUGAAUACUACGGUGACGGCUCCGAUGGGCCGGCCGGACAAGGGAAGCGGGCGCGAGGGUUCGACCUGGAUAGCAAAGUGCAGUUGUUUGAGACGGUCAUUAGAGGCCUGGGUGGAUUGCUCAGCACCCACCUUUUCGCAGUCGGCGAGUUGCCAAUCCGCGGAUACGAGCCUGUUUUUGUCGACACUGCGGACGGGCGCCGAGGCAUCGAGUGGCCGGGCGGCUUUGUCUACGAUGGCCAGUUUUUGCGUCUGGCUUACGACCUGGGCAAGAGGCUACUCCCGGCUUUCCACACGCCGACAGGCAUACCAUAUCCUCGCGUUAACCUUCGUUCCGGCAUACCCUUUUACGCCAACUCCCCUCUGAACAACGACUCGGAACAUGGUCAAUGCCAGGAGAACCCCAACGCCCCUCCUGAAAUAACGGAGACAUGUAGUGCCGGUGCUGGCAGCCUCGUGCUUGAAUUUUCCACCCUCAGCAGGUUGACGGGCAACAUGGAAUUCGAGAAGGUUGCGAAGCGGGCAUUCUGGGAGAUCUGGGCCCGACGGAGCACUACCGGCCUCAUUGGUUCGGGAAUCGAUGCUGAAACAGGACACUGGGUCAGCCCAUACACUGGCAUUGGAGCAGGAAUCGACAGCUUCUUCGAGUACGCUCUCAAAUCGCAUAUUCUCCUCUCAGGCUUGCCUUACGAUUUGGAGAAUGAGCGCGCGGAUUCGCCUGAAGCCUUCCUCCAUACAUGGCAAGAUGCACAUGCUGGGAUAAGAAGACAUAUCUAUCGAGGUCCGAUGCACCAGCACCCGCACUACCUUCAAGUGGAUUUAUAUACGGGCGCCAUGCGGGCUUUCUGGAUCGACAGCCUCAGCGCCUAUUAUCCUGGACUGUUGACCAUGGCCGGAGAGCUAGAUGAAGCGAUCGAAACCCAUCUUCUAUACACGGCGCUUUGGACACGCUACUCAGCCCUUCCGGAGAGAUGGUCAACCGCAACUGGUAACAUCGAGAUGGGACUGCGCUGGUGGGGUGGCCGCCCCGAGUUUAUCGAGUCGACGUGGUAUUUGUACCGUGCGACAAAAGAUCCGUGGUAUCUUCACGUGGGGGAAAUGGCUUUGAGGGACAUCAAGCGUAGGUGUUGGACAAAGUGCGGAUGGGCAGGCUUGCAAGAUGUGAGGACCGGCGAGAAGAGCGAUCGGAUGGAGAGCUUCUUCCUCGGCGAGACUGCGAAGUAUCUCUUCCUCCUCUUCGACUUCGAUCAUCCUUUAAAUCACCUUGGAAGUCCUUGGGUGUUCACGACCGAAGGCCAUCCCCUCAUCAUACCCGAGCGACUCCGCCAAGACGAAAGUUUCCUUGAUGCACGCAGCAAGGCUAUCAGACAACUACCGGAUUAUGUUAAUGACGCCGCCUGCCCUCUUCCUCCGGCCCCUAUUCCGUUCACCAUUUCCACGACAGCAGCUCGGGAUGAUGUCUUUCAUGCAGCAAGCUUGGCCCGGCUGCACUUGAUGCCGAACCGGGAUACGCUAGAGUCGCCGCUCGUUGAAUUCAAUGCAGAUCACCCCAGCAUUUCCCUGUCGGACGUCAGAUCCCCAUCGAACUUCACCUACUUCCCUUGGACCCUUCCUCCGGAGCUGAUACCGUACAAUGGCACCAGCUCCAAGAUGGUCGCACGCGCAACAUUCGACCUUUCGUUCCCGAACCUGCCGAACAGCGUGGGUAACACAGCUUCCCUUCAGCGUAUUGGUGGUGGCAUAUUAGUCAACUCGAUGAGUGGCCUUCGUCUCGGCAUGGUGCGUGAAAGUGAAGGCAGUUUGUCAAAGGAGGAAUCGGGCAACGACCACUUUAGGAUCUACGCUGUUUCCAACGUCGCGUUAGGAAGAGACGAAAAAAUCUUCAUGUCUCGCGAUGUGGUGUCAAGCUUCAAUCCUGCAGACCCGUACUUCACGCGGACGCGGGAUCUCACAGCACUCGAUGUCUUCGUCGAUGCCCUCGAACCUCCACCCGCCGCAGUUGGCAAAGAGACAUCCCCGGACGACCCAGACUCGCUUGACGACAUUUUAGAAGCUGCCCUAGCUAACGAUACUCUUUCUCUCAUCUCGCUCCCCGACUACCUCGAGACGGACAAGAUGAACCCGUCUCUCAUCAGCUCCCUCCUCCAAAACAUUCAAAACAUGCUGACAGAGACGCUCCCUUUCGACUCACUCGCGAAUCCCCCUCCCAACGCUCCAACCCGCGCUUUCGGAGAUGGCAAGCACCAAGUCCGUCGCGUGCAGCUAUCAGCCGCACUAUCGACCGGUCCCGGGGCCGCGCCACCGCCACCGCCAUUCCCGGCACACAGCCGAAGGGGCGGCAGCCGCGGCAGUAGUAGCAGCAGCAGCAGCGACGAAGGCAAGUUCGAAGACGACGAGGGCAGCCUGCCGUGGCGCAAGGUGUACGUCGGCGACGAGAACUGCCACGAGCGGCUGCCGGCGUCGGUGCCGCGCGAGCACCAGGUGGUGGUGCUGCGGCGCGGCGGCUGCAGCUUCUCGCAGAAGCUGGCCAACGUGCCGGCGUACGCGCCGUCGCCGGCGGCGCUGAAGCUCGUCAUCAUCGUGUCGUUCCCGGAGAUGGAGGAGGACGGGGGCGAGGACCAUCUCGUGCAGCCGCUGUUGGAGGAGGAGCAGAGGCUCGCCGGCGGCGAGAUUCCGCGGCCGCAUCCCAUCCCGUUGAUCAUGCUGGGGGGUGGGGAGGAGACGGUGAGGCUGUUUGAGAGGGCGGUCGGGGUGGGGAUUCGGAGGAGGUGGUGGUAUGAGAGUCAGGGGCUGAGGAUUGGGAAUCUGAUAGUUGUAUGA